UAAACAAUAUCCGGGUUAGAGGAAGAGAAUUUCCGCGCCUUUUCGCUGUUGCGAUGGAUGUGAGAUUGAAACAACCUGCAAUAUUUUAACGGCUCUGACAAAUUAUGGACUAAAUUAGAACUUUAUCUUUACAGAUCAAAUGCAGUAGAUUUGGUCACAACGGAUAACAUAGAAAUAUGUUGCUUCCGUCUGACGUCGCCAGACUUGUCCUAGGUUAUCUGCAACAAGAAGGUCUCACUGCUACAAGUCGAGCCUUCAUUUUUGAAAGCCCAAACCUGAAGGAGUAUGCAGAGCAUAGUUCAGAGGACGGAGUCAUCCCUGCCUGCGUGUUUUCUCUUUUUGGGAAAAACCUGAUCACGAUAUUAAACGAAUAUGUUGCCAUUAAAGCUAAAGAAACAAGUCAAGAAAAUCAAAUACCGAUUGUGUUGACAUCCUUAUGGAAAAAGCUUGACUUCACGCUCAACCAAAUCAAGUCUUUGCAAAACUCUCCAGCUAUCCAACAGAAUCAGCGAUUGCGCACCAAGAAUAGUAUUCAGUACAUGGCACGCCAGCAGAGACCGCUCGCCGUGUUUCAGUCUCCAAUAUCUCCCAGUGUGACAGGCCAGUGUGUCCCCAGCUCUGUCUCAACCCCUCAAGGGAUGCUGGGACAUUCCACACCAGUGUCUUAUACAUCUCAGCUUACCAGACCCUCCACUCUCUGCCUUAGCCAGCCAGGCGAGUCGCCAUUGCAAAUAUUAGUGCCUGAUCACAGACUGAAUCCAGGACCUUUGUCCCCUGCACGCAGAAAAUGUGAUUCACCGAGGCGGAGGGGAGGCGGUCAGUUGGGCAGCACUGGGACCAGUCGAACCACAUUAGUGUCUAGCAGCACUCUUGUUGUGGAAACCCCUAGUGAAGAAAACAUGGCGGAAAACUUAUCUCAAAUAGUCAUAGAAAAUGCCAGAGAAAAAAUUCUUAAUGAUAGAUCCUUACAAGAAAAACUGGCUGAAAACAUCAACAAAAUCUUGGGAAGUGAGAAUAGUCCUCAAACAUCAAAAGCUGUCUGCACAACAGCGGAACAAGAACAGUCGAUCGAUGAAAUCCUGGGCCUCCAGGGAGAAAUUCAUAUGACGGAUGAUGCCAUCCAAGACAUACUGACACAGACUGAGUCAGACCCUGCGUUUCAGGCGCUCUUUGACCUCUUCGAUUGUGGGAAAAGCAAAACGGGUGAAGGCAGUGAACAGGCGGAUGGCAGUUUGAUCACUAGUGCACAGGAGAGUGAUGAGACCGACCACAUUGACAGUGCCUCAGAGACAGGCACCGGACAGGAGGAUACCACAUCACUGGGAGAAAGUAGCGUAGGAAACAGCCAGAUCACUUCGGAGUCAAAAAGCAAAAAGAAAUCACUGGCUUGUCAUAGUGUGUCUAAAUCUUCUUCCACUGCUUCACACACACAAACAGCCACUGGACGAGCACCCACACCCUCAAAAAGAGGGCUGAUCAGGUCCAGAGUAUCUACCAAUGCCCAUACAAGAGGUGCCACAAAGUCGAACAAUAAAGUGGAUUCCCGUCCACCUGACCAAACCGUCUCAAGCUCCUCUUUCCCAGAGGAAACAGUUGCCAUGGAGAUGGAUGAUCCACAAAAUGAAUCCUCCGAGACUCCUGUGAAUAUUCAGAAUCCAUUGCUGGUAUCUCAGGAGAACUCUAUGAAUAUCAACAGCCGCAGUGAUCAAAUUAAUCAAGUCCCAGUGUCGAAUGAACCACCGCAACCAGUUUCCAUUGCAUCUGUUAAGGAGACUGGGAUUUUAAUCGGAAAUCCUGGACAGAAUGUGUCUAGUGAGGCUUCUCCGCACUCCUUAAACAAAACAAACCCUUCCUACACACAGCAGACAGACUCAACCUACAAAGAAACUCAGGCGUGCGGUUUAAGGUGUGUUGCACCUACAGCAGGUUUAGUAAACCCGUUAGCCCUUGCUUUAUGUGCCACCACCGUUGCACCGCCUGCCUCAACAUGCGUUUCUGACACCCAGGCUAAGGAGACUGAUCCCAAUAAAGUUGUGUCUCUGAAAAUCAUAAUUAGUGAUGAACAAAAUGAGCAAUCUACUGAUGCGGCGCUAAACCAGGCUGUCUCCAGCAUUACCGGUGACAGACUUCCCACCAUCUACCUAUCAUCUCCUGCCAAAUCUCCUGCCAAGACCCUGCCCACGGCCUCCGCGGUGAUAACGCAGGAGGAAACGGUGCAGGCUGUUAGCAGCUUACAAGGGGUGGAGGGUGUUGGAACGUUCGGAACACCGACAAGGAACUUUCUGAGCAAUGCACAGACUACGGUUGCACGUUCCACAGGUCACGAAACCGGUUUCAUUCAGCUGUUGCCUGCUAACCCGUCUUCAGGCAGUUAUUUUGUCGUGACUGAUCCAGCCACUGCAGAGCAACGAUCAAAUGUAGUGCUGCUGUCGAGUAACAUGCCUCAAGGGACGGUGUCAUCUAUCCCAAAUGUGGUAGCGACACCUCCUCGUCAAAGGACAGUUGUGUCUGUGGGUCAAAAUAUCUCUCAGACCUAUUCGCCUGGGUCCACUAUCAUUAUAUCCUCACCAGUUCAGUCCUUGCUACAAAAUGUAAUGGUUCCUGUGUCUGUUGUGGGCCAAAACACUGGAAAACUCACGGUCCUUCCCAAUCAGAUGGUGUCUUUGCCGUGUUCAACCGCUGUAAGGCAACCUCCUAAAGUAACAUCUCAACCUAAACUGGUACCCAAAGAAAACACUGACAUGGGGAAAGUCUGCAAAUCUGGACCUGGCCAGGUAUCAAAAGGGCUUCCUCAGACCUCUCAGAUCUCCGACCAGCAAAAGGAUGCCAGUGGCAUGAGCCCCAGCCAUCGGAGGAUACUGCGCUUUGACGUCACACCCGAAAACACUACAGCUGGUCAGAGUUCAACACAGACAACCACACUCACAUCCACCAUUUCAUCUUCUCCAACACAACAAGUUCAUAAGGAUAACAAACGGACCGAACCAAAGCAGCACUUAAAUUCCGACAACGUCAAAAGAAGGAUCGAACCGAUCAGACUGCCUGAAGUAAAUCACAAUGCAGCUAAAAGGGACUCUGAAAAAGCUGCCGUUCCUCAGCAACAAAUAGAAACCCAGAAAAGUAAAAGGACUGAAAAGAGAACGGAUCUAAUCGCUACAAGCAACAGAUCUUCCAACAAAACUACAAGUGAUCCUGAGUCUUUAGUAAGAUUACAAUCACAAAAAAAAUCACAACCAUCAAACAAGGACAACGGUGGAGCGGUUUCACAGAGUGCAAAAUCACCUGCUCAAGUGCAAAAACCUAAACCAGCAGGCAACGCAAAAACCAGUUCACCGGAAGAAGCAAAAGUGUCAAAACCAGCAGACAAAACAUUACAGGACUCUCCUGGUAUCACUGCAAACAAGGAAAACGAAUUGGAAAGCAAUCAAAAAGAGCAGCGUCCAACAGCUACACGGCCCUCGGAGGACCUUACGGUUUCUACGGUAAAACCUGCAACGCCAAUAUUGAGCAAUUCCAGUAAAAUGUUGUGCAAGACGAGCCCUCUGACUAAACAGGCGGCUGAGAUGCUUCAUGACAUACAGGGUCAGGCUCCUGUGGCAACUCCAUUGAAAAGACAAGGAUCAUCUAGCUGUCCAGAUCUCUUGCUCCCAAGAACACCUGGACCAGUAUGUAUACAGGAGGAGAAGAUGGAUGGGUUGAGAACCCCGUCUCGGGUAAGGCACGUGCGGGAGGGUGAAAGCACACCGAAGAACCUCCCCCCACCUGCCACACCAGAUAUCAUUCCCUCUUGCAGUCCUGCCAGUGAGGCGGGCAGUGAGAACAGCAUCAACAUGGCCGCCCAUACGCUCAUGAUUUUGUCACGAGCUGCCAGGACGGGAGGUCCACUGAAAGACAGUUUGCGUCAAGAAGAGGCCAGCGCUGGGAAAUCUUCCACUCCUAAAAGCAAGAAACGAAAGCACAUUGAAACCAGUCCUCCAGCAAAAAAAGAGCUACAGCUUUCUGGCUCCUCGGGUAGUAAAAAGAAAUCUAAGAAACAGAAGAAACUGUUAGACUCUUUUCCAGAUGACCUGGAUGUGGAUAAAUUCCUGUCAUCUCUGCACUAUGAUGAAUAAUGACGCUAAAGAACAGCCGCAUGCAUUUCAGGGACGUAUCGAGCCAUGUGUUCAUAAUGUGAAAUAUUGUAUAUAUACUCCGUAUUAGCCUAGUAAUCAUAUUCAUACUGAAAGUUUCACCUUGCAGUAUGAUAAACAGGCCAAGAUCAAUUUAGCACUCUUCAAAACAAACAAAAAAAAGAGAUAAUUUAGGAUAAACUGUUAUUUUGACUGUGUGAGAGUGUGAGUUCAGCUGCUACAUUAAAACUAUUACUUUUA